AUGCUCGAAACACUUCAGCCUUGGUCUCCAUGGCCUCAGGCUCUCAACCCGUGGAUGAAGACUGCCUCGUCAACAUCCACCUCAUCCACAUCCGCAUCAUCCUCAUACUCAACAUAUCCCUCUCCGAUACAAACCCCACAAAUCCGCCAAAACUCACACUUGCAACACUCCUACUUCCCAUCACCCCCGUCCCAAAAACCCACACCCAAAGACCCCUCUCUCGCCCUCCCUCGCAUCCUCUGCCUCCACGGCGGCGGCACAAACGCCCGCAUCUUUCGCAGCCAGUGCCGCGCCCUCCGCGCUCGACUAGGCCCCUACUUCCGCCUCGUCUUCGCCGACGCCCCCUUCCUCACAACCCCCGGCCCCGACGUAAUAAGCGUGUACGAAAAAUGGGGUCCCUUCCGCGCCUGGUUCCCACCGGGAUACGGGAUGAGCGGAAGCCCGCACAACGGCCCCGUGCCCAUCUGCGACACGGACAGCGCAUCGCACCUCGUCAUCUCUACGAUCGAAUCAUCUAUCACAGCCGCGAUGAGCGCGGACAACGCCCUCGGCGCCUCGGGACCGUUCAUCGGGCUUAUGGGAUUCAGCCAGGGCGCCAAAAUGGCCGCUUCUCUGCUCCUGCGGCAGCAGAAUAACCCGGGGCACGGGUAUGACUUUCAAAUCGACUACCGCUUCGCGGUCCUCCUGGCCGGGCGUGCGCCCAUGGUCUCGCUGAGCCCCGACGACGACAUGGCAUAUUAUGGUCUCGUCCCGGCGACGCUGACGCUGCCGACGAUUCAUGUCCACGGGACGAAGGAUCCGGGGUUACCGCUUCAUCGCGAGCUGUUGGAGUACGGGUGUGAGGAGGGGAGUGCAAGGGUGGUAGAGUGGGAGGGCGAGCAUCGUGUGCCGAUCCGGAGUGGCGAUGUGUUGGCUGUUGUUGAGGAGGUGCUGGGGGUUGCGCGGGAGGUUGGGGUUCUUCGGUACUGACUAUCUCAGUAUAGGAGUUUGGAUUGGGAUGGAAAAUGGAAUUAUAGAUUAGAUGCUUUUCGCGUUUUAGAU